AUGAAUUUAGACAUAAAAGAAAGAAAGAUUAAUUUUUCUCAAAAAAUCACUGAAUUUCGUGAUAAAAAAGAAAAAGUAAAGAAGUAAAACAAAGAUAUAUUAUUAAGAGUAGACGAUUUAUUUGGGUAGGUAAGUUAUAUUAAGUUUAUAAAAAUAUAAGAUUGAGUAGAAUCGAAACAAAGAAUAAGACAUGGAUAGAGUGUUCCCAAUUAUUGAUAAUAUUUAAAGAAGAUAAUUUUAGUAUUCAAAAUAUAGAACAGAAGUAUUAAGUAAUUCAUGUAAUAAAGAUAAUUUGGUAUUAACAAAAGUGUUGAGUUCAAUGCCUCUUUAUAAAUAAGAAAAAAUAUAUGAACUAAAAAAAUAAGGGUUAAAGGAAUUUUUUGAAAAAUAGUUCAAUAAAACAAGACAUUUAAAACUUUAGCAAUAAAUUAAAAAAAAAGACUCUCAAAUUGAUGAAUAACCUAAAUUGAUAAAUGAUUAGAGAUAAUUAGAUACAUCCUAAGUAUAAAGUGAUUCAGAGAUUGUUAUAAGAGCUGGAUUAAGAAUGAGAAGUCCAGAUGAAACAAUAACUUUUUUAAAAAACCAUUUUGGAGUGAUCGUUAGAUCACCUUAAAAAUCAAAAUUAAAAAGUAGAAGAGAAUUAGAUUAAGAAGAAAGGUAAAUGGAGAAAGAUAGAAGAAAACUCUAUAAUGUUAAGGAUAAAUUAGAAAUUUAUUAUACAACUUUAGAAGGAACAAACUCUAUGAUAAAAAGAAGAUAGGAAGAUUAACAACAAUUAUUAAAUUAAUCAUAAAUUUUAGAUUAUUCAAAAUCAAGUGAUAUAACUCCUAUGAAUGAUAAAGAGGGGAGGAACAGUAUUUUUAAUCGAAACUAAUAUUAUGUUGAUCAUUAUAAUAAUAUCAAAAUAGGAAAUAACAACAUUAAAGAUAUGAAAAUGAGAAGUACAUUUUAUAAGAGUCAUAUGGCGAAUGAAUUAAAUGAAUGA